AUGAAGCAGCAGUCCAACAUGAAGCAGCAGUGGGGCAAGAAGCAGCAGUCCGGCAGGAAGAAACAGUCGGGCACGAAGCAGCAGUCCCGCACGAAGCAGCAGUUGGGCACGAAGCAGCACUCCCGCACAAAGCAGCAGUCAGGCACGGAGCAGCAGUCCCUCACGAAGCAGCUGUGGGGCACGGAGCAGCGGUCCCGCACGAAGCAACAUUUGGGCACGAAGCAGCAGUCCCGCACGGAGCAGCAGUCGGGCACGAAGCAGCAGUCCUGCACGAAGCAGCAGUCGGGCACGGAGCAGCAGUCCCGCACGAAGCAGCAGUGGUGCACGAUGCAGCAGUCCCGCACGCAGCAGCAGUCGGGCACGGAGCAGCAGUCCCGCAUGAAGCAGCAGUGCAGUCAGGCACGGAGCAGCAGUCCCGCACAAAGCAACAGUCGGGCACGUAGCAGCAGUCCUGCACGAAGCAGCAGCCGGGCACGAAGCAGCAGUCCCCAGCAGUCGGCCACGAAGAAGCAGUCCUGCGCGAAGCAGCAGAUGGGCACGAAGCAGCAGUCUUGCACGAAGCAGCAGUCGGGCAUGGAGCAGGAGUCCCGCACGAAGCAGCAGUCGGGCACGGAGCAGCAGUCCUGCACGAAGCAACAGUUGGGCACAAAGCAGCAGUCCCGCAUGAACCAACAGUCGGGCACAAAGCAGCAGUCCCGCAUUUGGGCAUGGAGCAGCAGUCCCACACGAAACAACAGUCGGGUACGAAGCAGCAGUCCCGCACGAAGCAGCACUCGGGCACGAAACACCAGUCCCGCACGAAGCAGCAGUCAGCAGCAGUCCCGCACGAAGCACCAGUCGGGCACGAUGCAGCAGUCCUGCAGGAAGCAACAGUCGGGCAUGAAGCAGCAGUCCCGCACGAAGCAGCAGUCGGGCACGAAGCAGCAGUGCCGCAGGAAGAAACAGUCGGGCACGAAGCAGCAGUCCCGCACGAAGCAGCAGUUGGGCACUAAGCAGCAGUCCCGCACGAAGCAGCAGUCAGGCACGGAGCAGCAGUCCCUCACGAAGCAGCAGUGGGGCACGGAGCAGCGGUCCCGCACGAAGCAACAUUCGGGCACGAUGCAGCAGUCCCGCACGGAGCCGCAGUCGGGCACGAAGCAGCAGUCGGGCUUGAAGCAGCAGUCCUGCACGAAGCAGCAGUCGGGCACGGAGCUGCAGUCCCGCAUGAAGUAG